UGCUUUAUAUGAAUGAGCGUCAUAUUUGUAUCAAUUAUCGUUUUUAUGGACUGAUUGUUAUUUAUGUGUAUUUUUCAGUUAUUAUGUACAUCAAAGAGGCGACAAUAGAUAAUUCCUAUCAAACGAAUCUUUUGCCUGCCGUAACAGUAAUAAUCUCUCCAGUUAUGGCACAAUGAAUUCCUCUCUGGCCCAAUGUGACAAAGCCGUACCAGGGUUUCCCUCCAGUGUAGUUAUUUGCUUGAAUUUUGAGGUUCUCUUCGCCGGACCUGUACGCCCGCCAGCGGUGGAGGCGCAUCCAACACCUGGCGAACGACUUCUGGGCCCGCUGGAGAAGGGAGAUCGUCUACGCUGCACAAGAGAGACGCAAAUGGACGAAGGUUGUGCAGAACAUCGAGGUCGACGACAUCGUUCUGGUCGUGGACGACGAGCGCCCGCGCUCGGAGUGGCCGUUGGCGCGUGUCGUCGCUACGCACCCGAGCGGCGACCACCUGGUGCGGAAGGUUCGCGUGCUCCUGGGCGGCUCCGAGUACGAGAGGCCGGUGCACCGCCUUGUGCUUCUCCUGCGGAGGGACUGUACGUGAUUCCCCGUCGAGGAAGCCUGAUGUGGAUUGGUCAGGUCGACCAAUCGAAGCACAAAGUGCUCAGUGAUCUGCUACGGACUAUAUUGAUCAGUGAGUGGGAUGAUCAGUGAGCGAUCAGUGAGUGCGCGUGCAAAACUGAACUCGCCAGAGGAGCGUGACGAUGUGUUGGGUGUUAGGGUGUUACGAUGUGAUCUCGCGUCGAGAUUUAGAGGAAGUGCAAAUUUUGUUCAAAUUUGGGGGAGCCAUGUUCCCGCAUUACAAUUUGCUUGCGGGUUUCCCCAGGAAUAGCGCGGCGAACGCGGCCCUUGAUUUGUUUGCGUGGCGCACUGCGCGUCGUGGCCAGUGAUACGGCGCUGAGAUAUCUGACACGUGGGCUAUGCCAAAGGAAGGAGAGAGUAGGUGACAGAAUAGAUGAUAUUUAUGAUUAUGUUAUUAUCCAAAUGAUCUGCCAAUAUGUUACUGACUUGUUACGUUACUGAUUUAACCAUUUAUUUGCUUUAUUUCUCAUAAUUUUGGCUGUGAUAAUCCAUGCUUUAUAUGAAUGAGCGUCAUAUUUGUAUCAAUUAUCGUUUUUAUGGACUGAUUGUUAUUUAUGUGUAUUUUUCAGUUAUUAUGUACAUCAAAGAGGCGACAAUAGAUAAUUCCUAUCAAACGAAUCUUUUGCCUGCCGUAACAGUAAUAAUCUCUCCAGUUAUGGCACAAUGAAUUCCUCUCUGGCCCAAUGUGACAAAGCCGUACCAGGGUUUCCCUCCAGUGUAGUUAUUUGCUUGAAUUUUGAGGUGUGUUUUUAACUAACAGUGUACCUACCCAUGAUUGAUCCUGUUUUAUUAUGUUGUAGUUGGCACUAACUGUGGCACAUGACUAACAUGAACUGGUACCUAGUGUAGAUUUAGAACAGAAUUUUGUUGAAUCCUACCUACCUCGUCAUUCCAAUUACCUGCACACCAUGGAUCCGACUGAUGAUCAAGAGCGUGUUGUCACAAGGCCCGCCCAGGCACUGAAAAUGACUGAGAAGGGUUACCAGUACCAAAAGGAGUUGAAGCUGAAAAUGUUCAGACAAAUGCUGAUCAAGCUGGAGAAAGACGGAAAGAUGCUUCUGGAUGAUCUGACAUCUGAAGAUGAUGAAGACAGGAUGCAGCAAACAGUUGCAAAGAUCUCCAGAUGGCAGCACACUUACAUUAGACUGAAACAGACAGAUGGUGACCUGUGUACUCUUCUGGGAGGAGAUUAUGAUGAGCACAGGACAACGUAUGAGCAGAAACUGAUGGAGUUGGAGGUCAUGAGAGCAACAAUUGAAUCUCUGACACCAGCCCAAGGAGAGGAUGUCAACCAAAAGAAGACAAAGGAUCAAGAUGAAUGUUCAUCUGCGAAGAGCGGGUCAUCAAGAUCAGGAAUGUCAAUGAGAGCCCAGCUGUACAUGUUGAAAGUAAAAGAAAGCCAAAUCACAGUGGAGCUCAAGACAAGAGCAGCUGCUCUUGAGGAGAAGUGCCAGCUGGAAAGAGAAAUGAAAAUGAUGGAAACCCAAAUGCAAGAACUGAAGUGGAAAGAAGAACGACACAAACUGAACACUGAACUGAAGAUUCAGCAAGCAAAGACAGAAGUGAUUGAGAAUAUGGAAAGGGAGAUUGACGCAUCAUUUCUGACACCACAAGAAGCUGGAGAUGGUAGCCUGCAGACAAGGAAGGUGAACCAGGUCAGUACGGGAGAAUGUACUACUGAUUGUCAUGAAGCAAACACAGACAUGACAAACUGUGCCAACCCGCAGCUGACCGCAGUUGAACCGUCUCCAUCCCCAGGUCCUGAGCCAGCAACUGGACCAGUGACUGUGUCUGUGUUGACUGAGCUUCUUUCUCAGCAGGCUCAGAGAGAUCGUCUGCCUCAGAUUGAGCCAAGCGUCUUCAGAGGCGACCACACGACAUUCCACAUGUGGCUGAAGGCUUUUGAAGCCUACAUUGAGGCCAGAUGCUCAUCACCAAGUGAACGACUCCACUACUUGGGGCACUACACUGCUGGAGAUGCUCGGAACUCCAUUCUCGGUUUCCUACAGCUGAGCUCAGAGGACGCAUACAUGCAGGCCAAGAAACGACUGACAGACCGAUAUGGCAAUGCCUUCAUCACUGCCAAUGAGUUCAAGAAGAGGUUGUACAAGUGGCCAGAGGUGAAGGUAGGAGACAGUAAGUCACUCACUGAACUGGCUGACUUUCUUGAACAGUGCUUGAUGGUUUCAAACUCCAUGCAAGAGCUGAAGAUGUUUGAAGGCAUGCAUGAGAUUGAUAUGGUCAUCAGAAAACUGCCAAGGUACAUGAGUGACACUUGGAGACGGGUGGUGGACAGGUGGAUACACGAACCUGAAGAUGGUGCCAUGCCUCAGUAUCCUCCCUUCUCACAGUUCGUCUCUUUCAUGAGCAAGGAGGCAAGAGUCUCUUCUGGUCCUGUGACGUCACGGAAUCGAGAAGAAGACAGGAAGAGACCACCGACAAAGAAAGAAAGAAACACACAUGUGCUUCUUACAUCUGUGCCAGCGAAUCAGAGACAGGAAAACCUGCAGCUUCAGCAGCAACACUGCGUCAUCUGUAAGGACGAUCACUCCAUGGAUCAGUGUGCAGCGUUCAUGAGGAUGUCCUUGAAGGAGCGGCAGGAGCUCGUUCGGCAACGAGGACUGUGUGGAGGCUGCCUGAGACGAGGCCACAGGUGGAAAGAAUGCAGGAGGAAGCAGCAGUGCGAGAAGUGCAAAAGACUGCACCCUACUCUACUGCACGAUGAGAGCCUUCUGAAGCACAGCAGGACGGCUUCUGCUUCAACAGGAACCCAGACGACGGCCACGUCGCUCCAUGUGACAUCCAGUGACACGAGAAGUGUGAGGCUGAAGUGCACACACUCAAUGCUGGUGCCCGUCCAGCUUGAGCAUCGAGACUGUCCAACCAGCAAAGAGAUCGUGUACGCGCUGUUGGACCCACAGUCCGACACCUGUUUCGUGAAGGAUUCUGUGUUGCAGAGAAUGGGUGUGGAUGGCGAAGAAGUGGCUCUGGAAGUGAACACGAUGACCGGGAAGACUGUCUCCAAAAGUCAAGUCAUCAGGGGCUUCACCAUCCGAGAUCUCUCUGGAAGCCAGAAGAUAGAGUUGCCUCCCACAUACUCAAAGGAAGACAUCCCAGCCGAACGUCAGCUCAUUCCACGACGUGAGACUACAGCCGAGUGGACACAUCUACGUGAAGUCUCCCGAGAGCUGCCAGAGUAUCGUCCCGAGGCUGAGAUCGGUAUCCUCAUUGGUGUCAACUGCUCGAAGGCCCUGAAACCCCUUGAAGUGGUCACAGGUGGAGACGACGAGCCGUGGGCGAUUCGUACGAGCCUAGGCUGGAGUGUGGUUGGCUACAUGGGAGAGGCCGAGGAAACUGACGGACAAGAAGACUCUGCGUGCCUCUUUAUCUCGACAGAAGCAGGCCCAAAGAGGAUUCAACACUACGCGUUCAGAGUGAGAGCCAGAGAACUACAUCCAGAGCAAGUCGCUAGAAUGUUUGACUCUGACUUUGACCCACAGAGAGACAAGGGCAAAGUGAUGUCUCAAGACGACAAGCAGUUCCUGAGGAUAAUGGAAGACGGUAUGCACCAGCUCGCAGAUGGUCGUUUUGAGGCUCCACUUCCGCUGCGUGAGCCAAACACCAAAAUGCCGAACAACAUUGAACAAGCUCAGGGCCGUCUGCAGUCCUUAAGCAGGAAGUUCAAGAAGGAUUCCGACUACAAGGACCUGUACGUCAGAGCUAUGGAAGAGAUGCUGGCCAAAGGGUACGCCGAGCCCGUCCCUGAUGAAGAAAUCGAGGCCAGCAAUGGACGUGUGUGGUACGUCCCACACCAUGGCGUCAUCGAAAAGAAGAUGACGCCAUGCUUUAUAUGAAUGAGCGUCAUAUUUGUAUCAAUUAUCGUUUUUAUGGACUGAUUGUUAUUUAUGUGUAUUUUUCAGUUAUUAUGUACAUCAAAGAGGC